CCCCGCCCUCCGCAUCCCUCCCGCCCCUUUCCACCGGCGUUCAAUCGUGAAGCGAACUGACUGUUGCAGCCUCUGUAUGUGGCGCAUGAGUGUGCGUUUCGGGAUGUAACGGCGGUCUCCGGGAGUAGCAAUACUGAAUUAAAACAAACCUGGGAGACUCGCAAGAGAGAAUACCCGAGGAGAGCGGAGCACAGACUGAGGGAGUUUACACAGCGCGGAGUGGAGGGAGACACGGGGAGCGUGGCAGGAGGGACGCUCUAUCAAAUUUCAACCGACGCCGCACGCAGAAAUGGCGGAGCACCACGCAGCCAGCGACGGCAAGCACAAAGCGUCCACCAAUGCCGGGGGCUCGGUGCACGGGAACAGCAGACCCGGCGCCGCGGGUGGAGGAGGGGGUAAAGGAGGCCUGUCGGGCGGACUGACACAGCCAGCAGGGUGGCAGUCUCUACUCUCCUUUAGCAUUCUGUUUCUGGCCUGCCUGGCAGGAUUCAGCUCCAGACUUUUCGCGGUGAUCCGGUUCGAGAGCAUCAUCCACGAGUUUGAUCCAUGGUUCAACUACAGAUCAACGCAUCACCUCACCACAAAUGGCUUCUACGAGUUCCUCAACUGGUUUGAUGAAAGGGCUUGGUACCCCUUGGGUAGGAUCGUUGGGGGCACAGUGUACCCGGGGUUAAUGGUGACCGCUGGCCUCAUCCACUACGUGCUCAACCUGCUCCACAUCACGGUCCACAUCCGAGACGUGUGUGUCUUUCUGGCGCCGGUGUUCAGUGGUCUGACCGCCAUCUCCACCUUUCUGCUGACACGGGAGCUGUGGAACCAGGGUGCAGGGCUGCUGGCGGCCUGCUUCAUUGCCAUCGUCCCUGGCUACAUCUCCCGCUCUGUCGCUGGCUCCUUCGACAAUGAGGGCAUCGCCAUCUUCGCCCUGCAGUUCACCUACUUCCUCUGGGUGAAAUCAGUGAAGACAGGCUCAGUAUUCUGGACCAUUGGCUGCUGUCUCUCCUAUUUCUACAUGGUUUCAGCAUGGGGCGGUUAUGUGUUUAUUAUCAACCUGAUUCCUCUGCAUGUGUUUGUGCUGCUGCUGAUGCAACGCUUCAGCAGAAGAGUCUACAUCGCUUACAGCACUUUCUACAUCGUGGGUCUCGUGCUGUCGAUGCAGAUCCCUUUUGUCGGCUUCCAGCCAAUCAGGACCAGUGAGCACAUGGCCGCUGCCGGUGUGUUUGCACUUCUCCAAGCCUACGCCUUCCUGCAGUAUCUGAAGGACAGGCUGACCAGACAGGAGUUCCAGACGCUCUUCUUCCUCGGGGUUUCUCUCGCUGCCGGCGCUGUCUUCCUCACUGUAAUCUAUCUCACAUACACAGGAUACAUCGCUCCGUGGAGUGGUCGUUUCUACUCUCUCUGGGACACCGGAUAUGCUAAGAUCCACAUCCCCAUCAUAGCCUCCGUGUCGGAGCACCAGCCAACGACGUGGGUCUCUUUCUUCUUCGACCUCCACAUCCUGGUCUGCACCUUUCCAGCAGGCCUCUGGUUCUGUAUCAAGAAUAUCAACGACGAACGAGUGUUCGUGGCCCUGUACGCCAUCAGCGCCGUCUACUUUGCCGGCGUGAUGGUGCGUCUGAUGCUGACACUAACUCCGGUGGUGUGCAUGCUGUCUGCGGUGGCUUUCUCCAGUGUCUUUGAGCAUUACAUGGGAGACGACACGAAGAGGGAGAAGCCCCCUGCUGAAGACAGCAGCGACGAGGACGACAAGAGGAAUUCUGGGAAUCUUUAUGACAAGGCCGGCAAGGUGCGAAAGCACGUGUCGGAGCAGGAGAAGGCCGAGGAGGGUUUGGGUCCAAACAUCAAGUCCAUCGUCACCAUGCUCAUGUUGAUGCUGCUGAUGAUGUUUGCUGUCCACUGCACCUGGGUCACCAGCAACGCCUACUCCAGUCCCAGCGUGGUGCUCGCCUCGUACAACCACGACGGAACGCGUAACAUCCUGGACGACUUCAGGGAGGCCUACUAUUGGCUGAGGCAGAACACGGAUGAGCAUGCGCGCGUCAUGUCAUGGUGGGACUACGGCUACCAAAUAGCCGGCAUGGCCAACAGGACCACGCUGGUGGAUAAUAACACGUGGAACAACAGUCAUAUAGCACUGGUGGGGAAAGCCAUGUCGUCCAACGAGAGCGCAGCCUACAAAAUCAUGAGGUCGCUGGACGUGGACUACGUGCUGAUCAUCUUCGGAGGCGUAAUCGGCUACUCGGGUGACGACAUAAACAAGUUCCUGUGGAUGGUGAGGAUAGCGGAGGGAGAGCACCCCAAGGACAUCAGGGAGAGCGACUAUUUUACCCCCCAGGGAGAGUUCAGAGUGGACAAGGCCGGUUCACCAACUCUGCUCAACUGCCUCAUGUACAAGAUGUCCUAUUAUCGAUUUGGUGAAAUGCAGCUGGACUUCCGGACACCUCCUGGCUUCGACCGAACGCGCAACGCCGAGAUCGGCAACAAGGACAUCAAGUUCAAGCACCUGGAGGAGGCGUUCACCUCGGAGCACUGGCUGGUCAGGAUCUACAAAGUCAAGAACCUGGACAACAGAGAGCCGCUGGACCACAAGCUUCGCAGUGUAGUGCCCAAGCAGAAGUACACGUCCAAAAAGACCGCCAAGAGGAAGCGAGGACACAUCAAGAACAAGCUCGCCCUGAGGAAAGGCAAGAAGCUCCAAAAAAAAUAAUGAUGACGACGAUGACGAUGAACUCUUCUAGGAAAACAAACAAAUGCGAAGAAACCUCGAACAACCAAUGAAGAAGAACACCGGGGCCGUCUGCCUGUCACUUGGUCUCAAGCGCUUCUCAUUAGAGCGCCCCCGUGUGUUGAGGAAGUUGAAGUGUCAUAUCUGGCAAGCUCCAGAACUGUCCGUCUUAUCCUGAGGAUCUUUGUCUCGCUUAUUUUCUCCUGUUUCCGUUCUUCUUCUGUUUUUUUUGUAUGUUUGUUUGUUUUUUUACUUGAAUGUGUGACGAGGCAUAGAGCUGCUCGACUUGGUUCGGCGUUGAUUUAAUUUUUGUGGUACGUUAAUUAACUGCUUAUCAGUACGGGGAUGAUCUGGGGAGAGGAGGCGGAGGGGAAAUGAGAGAAGACUAGGAACAUUUGCACCAAAGACCCAUCAACCUUGCUCCAUGGCACAUGUGAACUCAUUACUGAGAGUGAGGAAGCGUAGGAGUGAAAGCUGAGGACUUGUUCCUGACACGUGUACAGAGGACAGUAUGCGGUAUGGAGGAACGCCACCGUCUAGGCACAGCCCACCUGUAAUAUUAACCUUUUUACCAUCGUCAUCUCCUCUACGUCUGCCUGGCUCCCCGACCUUCUUUUUCAACAAAUUCUUUAGAGAAAAAAAUUGGCAUAAUAUGUAAAUAUGUUAUGUAAAGAAAAUGUCUAAAAGGAUGAUAAUAUAUUGGAUUAUUGUGGUGAUUUUUAAAUAUGCAGUUUUCGGUUCUCUCUUCGUUUCUUUAUGUGAUUGUUUUUGGGGUUUUUGUAUGACAGCAAAUAGAACAGUGAAUGCAAUAAUUCUUGUACAGACAGGAUUUUGUUGAAAGAAUGAAUGUGAAUUUUUACAAUGUUCUUCCCCCCCACGGCCCCCUCUUUUUCAUAAAUUGCAUAGAUUGUACAUUUAUGCUGCUAGGGUUUUAAAGACGGAAGCAAGCAACUGUGUGUAAAAAGUAGUGAUAAUAAAUUAGGCCUCCCUCCCUGCAGAGGGAGCUCUCUAGUUCAGUGUGCAAAGCCUAGUGCCUCAUCGCUGGUCAUCAUCGCCUCAUUCAUUUGUGACCGUCUCUACUUUGUCAGCGUUUUGUUUUUUGUUUUUUUUUGUUUCUGUUUUACGCAGUGGGUUGGGUGCUUCGACCAGACUGAGGCAUUGGACAUUUUCAGGGUGUCCGGAAACCGACUGAACUGUGAAGGGGGGUGGUUCAUACACAGGCACUGAAACUAGAAAAACAACAGAGGUCAGGAAAGAGAAGAACUUCCACCGUUGUCUGACAGACUGGACUAACGACUAUUAUAAGGCUGCGACAGAGCUGUGUCCUAAUCCCAUACUGCAUACAAGUCUGCGUCUCGCUGAUUCACACUGUAACCGUUGUUUUCACAUAUGUCCGUAAGCAUUAGGCUGCAACUGUGUUAUUAAUUAUUUGUUUGGUCGAUAAAAUCAGUUUCUCAGAGCUCAGUGAUCUAUCAUUUUUUUGUCUGACCAGAAGUAAAAACACCCAAAACAUUCACUUCACAGUAUUUAAAAAAAGAGAAAUGUUGGAGUGGCUGAAACAAGCAAAUGUUCAAAAUCCUAUCAACUAAUCGAUUAAUUAACUUAACUUUCACCUCUGGAGUUAACAGCCACACCACAGAUUUCAUUAGUAAACACUGGGGAUCAUUUUAUCUGCCGAUAAUUUUCUCAUUGUAGUUGUUUUGCCUGUAAAAUGUCAUUAAUUAAAGUUAAAAUGUCAGGCAGUUCCCCAGAGCCCAGAGUCACCUCUUCAGAUAUUUUCCUCUGUCUGACCAAAAGCCCCCAAAAUAUUCAAUUCACAUCGACAUAAAACAGAGAGAAGCAGCAUGUUCACACUGAAGAAGUGUACUGGUGUGAUAAACAGUGUAGUUGCAAGUUAGAGAUUUUGUUCAUGAAACAGAUUUUUUUUUCUAAAAGUGAGGCUGGAGAUCAUGUUUAACUUUUGGUCACACAAAUACUGGACCCUACAUAUCCCAUGAUGCACAUAAAUAAUGUCUUACAGCACCCAAUUCUGGCAAACGCUGACAUCUUUCAAAGUGUGUGUAAGACACCGCCAUGAUAAAACACAUCAUAAAUUGCUCCAUGUGUGAAAUCGGUGGAAUGGCCCUUUAAUUUUCCAUCAAUCGAUUUAACCAUUACGGCUCAAAUGAGCCUUCAAUGGUAGAUCGAUCUUUGAGUGUUUAUGGAGACUGAAUGUACUCCAUGAAAAACUCAUUCUUUACAACAUUAGUCCGUCCUGUGAACGUUUUCAUUUUUGUUCUUGAUUAAUCAGUUGAUUCCAUAAAAUUUGGAAAAUUGAAAAAGAAAAAAAAUUACUUUUUAAAUGGUUGAUUUGUUUUUGUCAAUUCACUUAUCGAUUAAUCGCCUCGUUGUUCCGGCUGCAGUAUUCAGUAAGGAGUUGGGCCGCAGCUCUUCUGAGCGGUUACCUUUGACUUGUUAUUCAAUGGGCACUGCACUGUUCUUUGUGUGUCUGCUUCUUGAGAUGUCUGAACACUAGAGGAGUUUCUGUAUGUGCAUGCUUCAGUAACUUUUUUUUUUUUUUUUUAUCCAGUAAGUGACACAUGAAAAGACUAACACAUCAUUCAGAUGGACUUUCUUUGUCACGUCUCACAGACAGUGACUUUGGUAUCACCUGUUUCUUCUUUUCUUUUCCACUUUAAAAAAAAAUGUCUGAAUCACUUUGUUCUUCUUGCUUUGAUCUCUCCGUGUCAGGCUUCAGACCUUUCGACACGACGCCACAUUGUUAUUCAGCCACACAACGCCUAAAACUGUGUCACUUCCUUUUGAUUUCUCAUUUGUCGAGAGAGGAGAGAGUUCAGACUAAGCCUUAAUGUGAUGUACAGUUUGUUGCCCUCUUUAUGUUUUCAGUUUUCUUACACUUUGUGUCACUUGGGAGAGGCAGAACGGCUCCUUCCUUCCUCUGCUGAGUCUCCUCAUUUCUUAGCUUAGUGCACCGUUUGUUUGGAAUCCUUCCCUCGCCUUCAAAGUUUACAUUUUUACAUUCUUGUUCUGUUCAGCCAUCUUUAAAUAUACACCUAAA